CGGCGAUCAUAAAUAUUACGCAUGCGCGAACUGGCCGUACUCAGUUCAAUGCGCGCGCGGCCGGUAUACGCGCGAUCUAUUUUACUACAUCGAUUUUUUUUCGCAUAUAUUCUAAAUAAGUAGAUAUUAAUUUUAUUCAAUUUAUAUUUUUUUUGGGAAACAGUUCAAAUGGCCGCUUAGUUUUAUUUUUAUAAGAGUUAUACAAUUAAUUUAUUAGAUUUUAAUUGUAACUCAAUAUUUUGGAAUUAUACCUCAAAAUGGUGAACAAAGUGUACAAAUUAGGUUCUCAAGUGAUGGAGAAGAAUGGUAGCAAACAUAAUCAAGUGCUGAUGUCCAUAGUUGUGUGCAUGCCCAUCCUCGCCUACGGCACAGCCAUGGGCUGGAUCUCGCCGCACCGCGCGCUGCUGACCGGGCCCGACUCGCCCGCCGGGGAGCCGCUCACUGACGACGACGUGUCGUGGAUGGCGAGCAUCAUGUUCAUCUUCGCACCCAUUGCCGUGUUCGUGUUUGGAGUGGCAGUGGAUAAGUUUGGACGGAAGAACGCGUUGCUGUGUUCUUCCGUGCCCAUUGCUCUGGGCUGGGCCGUGAAGCUGACGUGCGCGCAGCCGGGUGCGCUGGUGGCGGCGCGCGCGCUCAUCGGCUUCGGCUCCGGCGGCGGCUUCGUCGUGUGCCCGCUCUACGUCAAGGAGAUCAGCGAGGACAGCAUCCGGGGCAUGACGGGCACCUUCGUCAUAUUCUCACAGACAAUGGGCAACCUGCUGGUGUUCAUCCUGGGCGACCUGCUGCCCUUCCAGACGGUGUUGUGGAUCCUGCUGGCCAUCCCGCUGCUGCACUUCUGCAUCUGCCUGCGGCUGCCCGAGACGCCGUCCUACCUCAUCAAGUGCGGGAAGAACGAGGAAACUGCGAAGGUCUUGAGCUGGCUGCGGUCUCUGCCACAAGACGACAAACGGAUCAGCGAGGAGGUGGACCGCCUCAUCAUUGAGCAGACCACCAGCGAACCAAAGUUCUCACCGAAGCUGUUAUUCACCGACAAAACCGCCGUAAAAGCAUUCUGGGUGGCGCUGAUCGUGAACCUGACGCGCGAGUUCUGCGGCUGCAUCGCCGUGCUGGUGUACGCCAGCCACAUCUUCGAGGAGGCCCGCAAGGAUGAGAGCACCAGCAUCGCGCUGUCGCCCAACAAGCAGUCCAUCCUGCUGGCGGUCGUGCAGAUCCUCGGCUCGUUUCUGGCAUGUCAGCUGGUCGAUCGAGCUGGGAGGAAGCCGCUCCUCGCCGUGACGAGCCUAUUCGCCGGCUUCAGCAUGUGUCUCCUGGGCGUGUGGUUCUACCUGCAGAGCAUCGGCGUGUACAUGGCGGGCUGGGUGCCCAUCGUGGCGCUCUGCGUGUGCAUCUUCGCCGACGCGUCGGGCCUGCAGCCGCUGCCCUUCGUCAUUAUGACUGAGAUGUUCAACUUUCAGCUCCGCGGCACAGUGGCGACCCUCAUCAUGGCCAUAUCCCUCGCCACAGACUUCGCGCUGCUCAAGCUGUUCGCGCCGCUCAUCGUAUGGAUCGGGUACCACUCCAUCUUCUGGAUAUUCAGCUUCAUCUGCCUCGCCAACGUGUUCUACCUCAUCUGGUGCGUGCCCGAGACCAAGAUGAGGAGUCUAGAGGACAUAUACGCCGAUUUGGAGGGGAAAAAGAGGACGAAAGGCGAGAAGGUCGUGGAAACUAAUCAUGUGUGAAGUCGAAACUUGCAGUGAAAUUGGACAUGAUCUGACGUUGAUAAAAACUAUUAAAUAAGAAAAGGCAGUUUAUGAAAAUUAGACAGGUGGCAUUCAAAGCUGUACGUCAAGUAUGUACUCGUAGUUGCAGACAGCUCAACGUAGAGAAAGUACCUACAUAUAACAUGAUCAUUUUGUUUUGUUUGAAUCGUGUAAGAAUGGUUAUUAUCAUAAUUAACACCGUUAUGUGAUAUUUGUAUUAAAAUUUUCAUUCUUUGAAA